AGAAACAGUCGAAACGGUUGUCGUUUCAUAAACACUUCUUUGACGUCCCUGUGCUUAGAAAAACAAAAACACAGGGAGGCUUAUAUCGUUAUACGUUUUACGCACUGCUCAGUCCUUUGAAGGGGAGAGAAGAAAUAAAAGAAUUCCCUGCUCGUAUUUUACUAGUAUUAUUAUUGGCGUUAUCGCUCUAGCAACAGCACGACUUACGCUACAGGUUUUUUGGUUUUUUCCUGCCUCACUUCACACAAACACACACGCUUUCAAUGGGCUGUAAUUGCUGCACCUGCGUCUCCACCUCGCAGGUGGGCGUGGUGGAGAACUGUGGCAAGUUCGAUAGACUGAUAUCGCCGGGCUGCAGCUGCAUUAUCCCGUGCGUGGAGUCCGUGCGGGGGAAGGUCUCGCUGCGUGUCGCCAUCGCCUACGUCAAGGUCGAAACGAAGACUCGCGACAACGCCGUGGUGACGAUCGAAACGUGUCUUCAUUACAAGGUGGUUCCUGAAUUUGUCAAGGACGCCUUCUACCGCUUCUCGAACCCGUCGGAGCAGAUCGCGAGCUUUGCCUCUAGCAUCGUGCGUGGCGAGGUGCCCAAGUACACCCUGGAUGAGCUCUUCCUCAUGUCGGACGACAUCAAAAAGGUCGUCAGUGCCGAGCUGACGGAGAAGCUGCAGUCCUUCGGCUUCUCCUUGGAGAGCACGCUGCUCACUCGCAUUGAGCCGAGUAAGAGCGUGAAGCUCGCGAUCUCGCAGACCCAGAUUAACGCCUAUCGCCGCACUGCCGCCGAGCACGAGUCGGAGCUCAACAAGAUCCUCGCCGUGAAGGCGGCGGAGGCCGACUUUGAAGAGAAGCGUCUGUCCGGUAUGGGCCUGGCGGAGGAGCGCAAGGCAAUCAUGAAGGGACUCAAGACGAGCAUUGAGAGCUUUGUGAACACCGUGCCCAACAUGAGUGCAAAGGACGUCAUGAAUCUGCUACUGCUGAACCAGUACUUUGAUGCGAUGAAGGAGGUCGGCUCCGGCCGCGCAAAUCGCCUGAUUGUGAUGCCCAACUCGAAUGGCGCGACUGGGGCAAAUUACUUAGCCGAUUUAGUUGCUGGGCAGGCAACAAGCACAAUGAUGGAGUAG